AAGGAAAAGAGGGAAGGGGGGAAGAGAGAAAGAACGAAAUUACUCAGUUUGGAAGGUGAGAGUGGCAUAAAGUUUUCUGGGUAAAUGGAUUGAAAUGGUUUCCUUAUGUUAAGUGGUGUUGAGUUACAAUUUGAAGAAUGAGAACUGGGAGGGAAGAAGAAACAGCUGAGCCCCAACCUUCCUCUGGGCUUGUCAGAACGUGGACACCAUUUCAACCAGACAAGCGAUACCGGAAGCUACCGUGGGGCUGGAAUUUACUGCUCGGCUGAUGUCUAAUGCCAAUGUUUACCAGGGGUUUAACCAGGGCAGGCUGAGGACGCAUAGAUGGUCUGCUGUGAAAUGCCACGCAGGCAGAGACUGACAAGCAGCAGCAGGAGCUGAGCUUCCCCCCACCCCCCAGCACCACCCGGGACUGCUGUUCCUGCCGAGUUUUCAGGGAGAGGGGGGUGGGGGGGGGCUGGGGGCUGGGUUUUUUUUUUUUCUUUUUUGCUGCCGCGGCUACUGCCGCCUCCGCUGCUGCUGCUCCGCUCCAGGUAAGCAGCUCAGACCGUGAGCGACAGCCUCAGGGCAAACCCUGGGACGAUGAACAAGAUCUGGAAGUUUUUCCGAGGAAGCAGGAGAGCUCUGGUUUUUAUAUUCGUCGCUUCUGUCAUUUGGCUACUGUUUGACAUGGCAGCUCUCCGCCUCUCAUUCAGUGAGAUUAACACGAGGGUGCUCAAGGAAGACCUCAUUCGGAGAGGACGAGAACAAUUCAAAGUUUUGCGGGAUCCAGAGAAGAUGCCCUCCAGCAGCAGAAGGGAAACCAAACGUCCCGUGAAAGGGUCCGAAAGGGGCAUAUGGGGCAGAGAAAACUUUAGGAAGGCAGAGAACACGUUGUUGAAGGCGGAGGACCAUGCAAAAAAACUGCCUCAAGAAUGGACCGCGCAGCAAAUCCCUGAAAAGGGAAACCCAGUCCCUUUGUGGGGACCAAUAUCUCUGAAGAACUUCCCACCACCUUCUCUUCCCCCGCUGAAGGGAGGCAGGGAAGACACUGCCAAAGUUAGUAACUCAUCCAUCCUGAUGGGAAGAAAACAAAAGAUUUCCAGCAGGUCCCAGGAAACUCCACUCCUAAGAACAAAAGAAAAUCCCUUGGUGAAAUUAACACAGGGAGUACUUUCUCCUGUGAAGCAGGAGGUGCCACUGAAGAAUAUAAUCAUGUCAGCAGCAUCUGAUGGGGUGAAUAAAUUGGGCUUCAAAAGUUCUUCUGCCCCUAAACCAGAUGAUUCCAAACCAGAAGCACCUGGAGGACAAACAGGUAGGAAAUUCCACACUCCCUUAAUAGUGCCAAAAUCUGGGGAUAUCAUCGCAUUAAACAAAAGUGAAACUGGGGCCAAAGAAAUAAAUGAGAAUGAGGAUCAAUUAGACAGGAAUCUCUCCCUGCCCAAGUUCACUGCCAACAAAGAUCACUUAAAGACCCAAUCUGUAAAUGAAACAAGACUAGAAGGCCUGCCAAGAAAUGAUAGAGGUAAAGUGGAUUUUGGGAAGAAAUUCAAUUUCUCUGAAAGCCAAAUUGUGAUUAUAUCCAAAGAGGAGGAAACAAAAAUGCAACCUAAAGAAGUCCCCAAUUCCAAAGACAACUCACUAGUUGCUUCUAAAACACUGGAUGAAAGUCAAGGAAGUCACAUUCUAAAGAAUAGAAGUGAGACAUCUUUCCAUGUAUUUAUUUCAAAGAAAAUAGAUGUGUUGCCAAUCAACCAAACCAACCGAACCCUUACUGGAGGUUCAGAGUUAACAAGAGUCAAUAUAGCUAUUAAGAAUCAAGCCAAGACACUGAAUCAAAUUGGGGAGGAAAUACACUUACCUGAAGACCUUGGAAUGCAUCCAGUAUUGAACCUUGAUGUGACACUUUCUCCAAGGAAUCCCAAAGCACCAGGCCAAUUUGGAAAUCCUGUAGUAGUUCCCUUUGGAAAGGAGAAAGAGGUAAAAAGAAGAUGGAAAGAAGGAAACUUCAAUGUCUACCUUAGUGAUUUGAUUCCAUUAGACAGAGCCAUUGAUGAUACAAGGCCUUCUGGGUGUGCAGAUCAGCUGGUUCAUAACAAUCUCCCCACCACCUCUAUCAUCAUGUGCUUUGUGGAUGAGGUAUGGUCUACUCUUCUUCGCUCUGUUCACAGUGUCCUCAAUCGCUCACCUCCACACCUCAUUAAAGAGAUUCUGCUAGUGGAUGACUUCAGCACCAAAGGAUACCUGAAAGACCAAUUGGAUAAAUACAUGUCACAGUUUCCCAAAGUCCGGGUACUUCAUCUCAAAGAGAGACAUGGCUUAAUAAGAGCCAGGCUGGCAGGGGCAGAAAUCGCAACAGGUGAUGUGUUGACAUUCCUAGAUUCCCAUGUGGAAUGUAAUGUUGGGUGGUUGGAACCUCUCCUAGAAAGAGUUUAUUUGAACAAAAAGAAAGUGGCCUGUCCAGUUAUUGAAAUAAUCAAUGACAAGGAUUUAAGCUACAUGACAGUGGACAACUUUCAAAGAGGCAUUUUUGUGUGGCCCAUGAAUUUUAGUUGGAAAAAAAUUCCUCCUGAGAUCAUUAAACAAAAUAAGAUAAAGGAAACAGAUGUGAUAAGGUGUCCAGUCAUGGCUGGUGGAUUAUUUUCUAUUGAUAAAAAAUAUUUUUUUGAACUUGGAACAUAUGAUCCUGGCCUUGAAGUUUGGGGUGGUGAAAAUAUGGAACUUUCAUUUAAGGUGUGGAUGUGUGGAGGAGAAAUUGAAAUCAUUCCCUGUUCUCGAGUGGGCCACAUCUUCAGGAAAGACAACCCAUACUCCUUCCCUGAAAAUAGGAUUAAAACCAUAGAGAGGAACUUGAUUCGGGUGGCUGAGGUCUGGUUAGAUGAAUACAAAGAGCUUUUCUAUGGCCAUGGUUACCAUCUUUUGGACCAAAGUCUGAAUGUUGGAAACCUCACUCAACAAAGAGAACUCCGGAAGAAACUAGGGUGCAAAAGUUUCAAAUGGUACCUAGAAAAUGUCUUCCCAGACAUUGAAGCUCCCAUCAUGAGAGCCAGCGGGGUGAUAAUUAACGAAGCCUUGGGAAAAUGCAUUUCUCUUGAGAACACCACAGCUGUUCUGGAAGAGUGUGAUGGUGGUAGCAAGUCUCAAAACUUCAACUACACUUGGUUAAAACUUAUUAAACAGGGAGACAGGUGCUUAGGGCCUGUCCCUGUUGUAGGAGACCUGAGCCUGUACCCUUGUGAUAAUAGAAACAAAAGGCUGAAAUGGUUACAUAAAUUGAUAGGAGUCCUUCAUCCCGAACAGAUGGAUCAUCUUAUUCUUGAACACUGGAAGCAGCUAAGGUGCUUGGAGGCAAACCUUUCUGGAAAGACCCUAAAGGCAACUGUUUGUGAUUCCAUGAAUCCAUAUCAGAAAUGGAAAUUUGAAAAAUACUAUGUAGGCUGAGGAGGGAUAUAAU